GGGUUUUUGCAAUUGCAACAAUGCUCGCUCUGAUUUAUGGGCUUUACUACAUUCAGCUGGGGCCUAUCAGUUCUGCUGUUUAUGUUGCGUUAAGCCAUACUUCAUGGGCUCUCGCGCUUUCCUGGAUCAUAAUUAUGUGCAUGAUUGGUCGAGCAGGUUUCAUUGAUAAAGUUUUAUCCUUUAAAUAUUUGUAUCCUUUGAGUAGGAUAACUUAUUGCGCUUACUUGAUACACCCUCAACUCAUGCGAUCGGCUGUUCUCACUUCCGACGCUACCACCCACAUCUCAGUGCAAAUGGCUAGUGUGAUAUUCCUAGGCUUUGUUUUGCUGUCGUACUCGUUGGCUUUUGCUAUGUCGCUUAUGUUCGAGGCGCCUUUUGUCUCGCUCUUGAAGGUGGCCCAUCCCACGAGGAGAAAAACUCGAUAAUGAUCACUCUUCCAAAUAUGUCCUAUCGACAAAUCGGGCGAACGAGCAAGAGAUAUAAACUCACUUUUGGGUGCACUAAUACUAUGCAGAGUGAGACGGGCUGUAGAGCCUCUGACGAACACAGUCCAGGAUGAAAUCAAAAAUUUUGAUGGCAUUUGAGACUUUGUUUUAUUUUCGAUAGAGUGACGAUAAUGAAUGAACGUAUGAAAUGCACAUCGUUGCAUGGCCUAAGUCUGGUGAAUUGGCUACGUCGCUAUGCGAGAUGCCCACUUUGUUGAGAAUCUCGAUGUAAAUUCUGAUGUGCAGCGCAGUGCGAUUUUAAUUUUUUCCUCAAAAAACCUUAUAGCGAUAUGAACGAGGAGUUAAAGCCGCUUUAUGAGAGCGGCGUUGAAACCAAAAUUAAUGAUGCUGCUAUGAAAUAAUAAAGAUUACUCCAGAAAAAUCGCAGAUUCCACUGCGCACUCAAAAUACUCAGGUUGCUUGAAAGCUAUAUCGACGGUGUAAGUCGGCUGUCAGUAACUCGGUUUCGACGUCGCUAACUUCCUGUCAUACUUUAUUUUUUAAACGGAAAACUACACAACGGCAACUCUUUAAGACUGCCUUGGUUUUUCUUCUCUGUGCGAAGAAAAUUCCGCAAAAACUUCAAGGAAUGAUGUCAGUUUGUUCUCUUUUAUGUAAAUAACAUAGAGAGGCGCCGAUUUUCAGGCACCGCAAACGAGUAAUGUGACGGCCGACUAACAUCGUCGAUAUAGUUUUUGUAGUGAAUUCCACUGCGGAUUUCACGCCGAGAUUUUUAAUAGAUGUUUUUGUCCGGUUUUUCUCUGCACUUACCUUGCGAAAAGUAUUCAAGUAUACAUUUUUGACUCAGUCUUUUAUUAUAAACCUUAAGAUCUUUUUGAAUUAUUUGUUGAAAAGAAAGUUUCCGACGCAAAAACUAAAAAAUGCACUUGAGUUAACUUCACAAUGAAAUUUCCGGACUUAAAACUUUAGAAUCAAUAAGAAUGUAAUUUUAGACGAUUUUUCGUCCCAACCGAACCUCUGUGUCCUUUUUUCUUUCGAAAGAUAUCGAGGAACUUGAAGGCGCCUGCAAGUACACUGCAAUGCAAAAAUAUGCUCUGCAGAAUUGCCAGAGGCUGGAACUUCCGG